GGCACAGCCAUCACAAUCGACGAAUCAUUAUAUAAAAGUGUAGAUCAUUUACUGUUAUUAGACAAUAACCAAACAUCUUGAAAAGUAUUUCAAUUUUAUAAAAAAUUAUUUCUAGAUUAAUCAUUUAAAAUGCCGGAGCCGGAGUACAAGUAUUAAUUUAUUAUUGUAUCUAAAUAUCCUUACGCCUUUGUUUUGGUUUGGACACUGUUUCUCUUGUUUGACUGAUUGUCGAUGUUCGGGAAUUACGUAGGUUCAAACACAAAAUCCGCUUUCUUGUUACUGCAGGGGUAAAUCGAUCGCAGCUUGACCAUGGAUUAGUGAAUCAACGAGGACGAUCUACGCUGCUGCAGCUGGAGACCCGGCUAGUGUCGACCUUUGCGAUGGACCAUCACACGUUUUUGCGCUCUUGGGGUCAAAUAUUCUUACUGGCAAUGCCUGGACUGGUAAUCAGUGGAUGUGUGACCGGGCUUACAAUGAUGUUGCUGCUUAUGCGAGAGAAGUUGCACGUUACCACUUCAAUCUCUCUGGGGGUGCUUAUUUCUACGAUCUACCCUGUGGAGGUGAUACACGCUCUUAAAGAACACGGACAGGCUAAACAGUUGAGUACGUUACUCGAAGGCGAAGCUAUAAUAGGAGCCGGCACCGUGCUGAUUCUUUACAAUCUACUGGUUAAACUUAUGAAUUACGAUUUUGCGAAUAUUUACGAAAUGCCCUUAUCAAUUUUAUGGCAUGUGCUGAGCGGACUGCUCAUUGGAUUUGUUACCGCCCAAGUAUUGGUCUUUGUGAUGCAUGCGAUUUAUAGCAAUACCACCAGCAUGUUGACAUUAACGUUUGCUGCGGCAUGUCUGGUGUACCAUACCGCAAAUAAAUUUGUCAACGCAUCUGGUGUAAUCGCGCUGUUUGUGUUGGGUUUUAUAACCGGAGGCGAAAGGCAGAGUCUUUCAACGGAAAUGGAAAAUUUCUUGUUAACUUUCUGGAGCUUCGUCGGAUACCUUGUCAAUUGUACGGUGUGCGUAUUGGCCGGUUUUUUUACUGUGUACCUCAUCAAAGCUGAAACUGCCAUGUACGACUGUUCUAUAAUUGUGGUCACUUACAUAGUCGCGUUAUGUGGCAGAGUUUUCACCUAUUCGCUGUUGACACCCAUCGUCAGCAGAAUCGGUUAUGGUUUAACAUUCAAAGGAAUGAUUAUUGCUAUUUGGAGCUUAAUGAAGGGUCCCAUACCAUUCAUAUUAGCUUUAGAGUUUUACAUCAAUGAAAUAGUGGAAUACCAGUUAAGGAAGAAGAUCUUGCUUCUGAUUUCUGCUCUCCAAGUUCUGACCGUAUUGAUAAACGGUUUAAGCGCGGGAUUUCUUUUGAAUGUGUUAGGAAUAUCUCAAGUUUCCGAGCUGAGGAAGGUCAAUAUGAAUUCUUGUAUGCGACACGUUCAAACGCGAAGGUUUCGCACAAUCGCUGUCAUGAAGAUGAACAGAUUUUUGUCAGAUGCCAAUUGGAGAGUUGUUAUAGAAGUUACCCAAAUAACACACCCCUACAAGCCGCAAUUACAGUCCGAUCAGCGGACCAGUAAAGACGACGAAGACACGUAUUCAAGUACACGACUUGUGUACUGCCCUGACUGCAAACGAGAGUUGCCAUAUGAACCUUCCAGGCGAGACUGGCGGGAAAUACUGAGAGAAGCUAGAAUCAGAAUAUUGAGAUCCAAAAAGAUGUCCUACAUACGUCAAUACCAAACGGGCAUGCUGUGCAAGGAUAGUGUGAAGAUCUUAUGUCAAGCAGUCGAGGUCGCGAUAGAUACACCAGAUGCCGUAAUUGACUUGGCCGGAUUGUACAAAUACUUCAAACGCCAGAGUUUUUUCAAUUACAUAUGCAACAAGUUAGUGGUGCCUUGUCUUCAAGAAACAGAACUGAAGACUAGACCCCCUCGGAGACGGUGGCGGCGAGUGUGCUACUACCUAAUUAGCAACUCCAAGUUUGAUUGGAUGAUUUACAUCUUCAUUCUAUGCGAUUCAGCCGCGGUGCUCGUGGAAUGGUUGUGCGCACCGACUUGGGGUUCCAAUUUGCAAUACAUUCUAAUCGUUGUAAAUACGGUCCUUUUCCUUAUAUUUUUUGUGGAAUUCAUCCUAAAUAUAUACGCUUUCUCGUUUAUAUACGUUUGUGCCAAUGGUUUCAGAACAUACUUCUCCAUUCGCGGGAAGAUUUUUGAUUUUGUUCUCCUCUGCACAGAAUUUUUGCAUGUCAUUGUGGAGUACGUGUUCUUACUACCAGUAGACACCGAGUCCUUUUUAUGGCAAUUUACCAUCGUGUUGGAGGCCGCCAGGUUGCUAAGAAUGCUUAGCUUGUUGAAACUAUGUAAAGUUUGGUACCCAAACAUGAUUCAGUACUUUAACUCAAAAGUGGAUGCGCAGCUGGCGUUUGCUUACGACAUCGGAAAGGGAUAUGUUACGGCCGAAGAGGAAGUGGCGGCGAUGUUGUCUCAAAUUAUUGAUCAUAAAGGAAUCAGAGAGAAGUGUCAAGAUCAGAUAGACGGCGACCGCCUUUCUGUUACAAAAGAGUUGGGAAUCAUUCAAAAAGACCGACCUUGGAUUGCCGUCACCGUCAAAACCAAGCAAGCGGUGAGGUCCACGCUCAAUAGCAUGAAAGCUGCCGUCGACGACUUGAAAGCUUUAGGGUGGCUGGACGAGUACGAGUAUUUUAAAUUGAACAAAGCUCUAGAGGAACGGCAUAAAUACGUUGAUACUAAGAUGACGUCUGUCGAACCCCUCUCGCCCAAAGAGUUACUAAAGGAGGUGUCCUGGAUGAGUGACCAGUCGACCUAUCACUACCUCUACAAUAACGUAGUGACCAAACUAUUUGAUCCCGGUGAUAUUAUAUGCGCGGACGGGGAUCUCAUGGAUGGGAUAUACAUUAUAGUCACCGGGUUGUUGAAAAUGACAUACGCCCCUAAAAUGCAUACUUUAGAGCGUCUUCAGUCGUUCGGUAUCCUACCAAUAAUGGACUACAUCUCUAGCGCCAAAUUUGACCAACGGGUUGAAGAGUACUUGGUUACCGGCAACAGCAUCGGCGAACUAUGCAUGCUAACUGGGCGAGCCUAUGACUGUACAAUAAAAGCAGAAACAGCAUCUCAAGUGUACCACAUCCGUAAAGAUGUCCUGACGAAGGCAUUCACUAUGAACAAUGACCCUAUCAAUGGUUUGGAGGCAAAAAUGUGGAAGUUCGCGACUGUGAGGCUAUGCGCAUCUAUUCUAAUGGACACCCCCGCAUAUCAAUCGAUCACAUUCGAACAGAUCCAAGUCCAACUGCAACGCGGAUUCAUACCAAACUUGUCGAAAUAUUCACAUUUGAACAUUAAUGACACGAUGGAGGAUUUGAUUUUGAUUGAAGGUGUCGUUUAUUAUCCCAAUUCCGAGGCCUAUGCCACCGCUCCCUGCUACGUUCCUAGGACAGAGCAAAAGAUAUACUUUCCCAGAGGGGAGUUUAAUGACACGGUCACGGAUCCCAAACUGAUGAUUAUCCCCGCAAAUGAUUUGGAUCAGGUUACAUUUCAAGAGAAUGAGGACGAGAUGGCUGAAAUUUCGUCCAACAUUUCCGUUCGAUGUCUGCGCCACUACGUAUUGGAUAAGAAGCUGAGCGGGAUCAAGCAAAAAAGAAGGAACCAAAGUUUCGCGUUAACUAAACGAGUUAAUCCCAGAGGAACGUCGAUACAAUCGUUUGUGUCAAUGAAAAACGAUUCUGCAUCCCGAUCUAGCGAAUGUAUGAUCCGUAAUCUCAAGAUGCCCAGCGAUUUUAGUUUAAACAAUAGUGGAAGUGUCCAAAAUGUAAACAUAUUCGAUGAGUUUUCUAAGACGGAAGAGGGUUCGAAACCACCGUUCGGGUUUAAAUAAUAAGUAUCAAGAUUUGAAUUAAGAACAAAUACAUCAUUUUC